AUGGACUCUCUCCAUUCCCUCUCAGGACUCUCAGUCUUACUUGAGAGCUUAUACUCCUUGCCGAUACCUGAAAUCGCCACCAGCGGAGAGUUUCAAACCCUUCUAUGUUCAGGUAUUGACAAGAAACGGAUUUUGGAGGCAAUCCCAGACACGCCACAUCCUUCCUCCCGACCGCUGGCGUUACUUCGUGUACUAUUGACCGAGUUACCGGGACUCUGGCCGACGUUCCCCCUCGUCAAGUGCUUCACAAGACUGUAUCACUUGAUGCCAGAAGAUGCCAGGUCUCAUCAAGAUGAGAGAUUGGCACAAAUAAUCCACGACACUUCGGAAAUGGUCAAAAAAUCGUAUGGGUCGUUUGCGUCUUUUAUUUCUUACGACUCACGGCCAGCUCUGAGAUCAUCAACGCCAGGAAGCUAUAUAACCCACAAGGGCUUACGAAGAUUCGUUGAUAACUUUCGACUUCCAUCUGGAAACUUUGCUCGGAAGCCGAUUGUCGCAAUAGCUUUACCCAAUGGCCCGUUGCUUGCUGCGACCUGUAUCGCGGUUACAACAUACUAUACCUCUGCGCCAAUCAACCCUGCUGCUGGCGCUGAGCAAUUUCGUGCAGAUGUGCAACAAGCCGGUGCUCUGUUCAUACUGACUACGAGAGACGACUAUGAAAGACUGGAACUCGGGGAUCCCUGGGUCGCCUCAGCAGGCAUCCAGGUCUUCGUGGUGAAGUGGGAUGAUGGCGACGAGAUUGAAAUUCAAGACCUCAACGGCACUGCUGUUUCACAGAGCCAGAGCCUUCCUUACAAUGGACCAGAUGAUUUAGGAUUGAUACUCUUUACAAGCGGCACGUCUGGCACAAAAAAGGUUGUUCCCAUGACAAUGCAUUCUAUUGUCUCUGGUAUUUCCUUUGUAGUAGACUCCUGGGGCCUGACUGCUUCGGAUAUAUGUCUCAAUAUGAUGCCAUUAUAUCAUGUUGGAGGAUUGGUUAGAAACAUCUUUGCUCCCAUCUUCGCAGGCGGAUCAACAGUAUGCUGCCCAGCAUUUGAUCCUAGUUUAUUCUGGGAUGUAGUUCAAGAAACUCCCGUUACGUGGUAUUACGCGUCUCCGUCAAUGCAUUCCGUUAUCUUGGCUGCUGCUUCGGAUCGCAAGACGGUCUUAGAGCAGAGCUGUAUUAGAUUGGCAUGCAAUGCUGCAGGAGGUCUCCUGCCGUCGUUGGCGUGUAAACUUCGAGAUACAUUCAAAUGCGUGGUACUUCCAAGCUAUGGGAUGACCGAAUGUAUGCCAAUAUCAACGCCGCCACUUAAUUACCAAUUAGACAGAGAAGGCACAUCCGGCAUCAGUGUAGGACCAGAACUUUCUAUACUGAAUUGGUCAGAUUUUCCGGUAUCAGUUGGCGAUGUUGGGAGGAUAUGUGUGCGCGGGGAGCCUGUAUUUCCUGGCUACCUCAAUCCUGACGGAACUCUGGAUAAGUCGCCAUUCAACUCAAACGGCUGGUUUGACACGGGCGAUCUUGGCUACAUGGAUAAAGAUGGCUACCUUUAUAUCACUGGAAGAAGCAAGGAAGUGAUCAAUCGCGGUGGUGAGCUCAUCUCACCGUUCGAGGUGGAAAAUGCCAUCAUGCGCUUAUCUAUGUCCCAAGAGUCGCCGCUCCAUGGACGUAUUCUCCAAACUCUUGCCUUCUCCGUGCCUCACGACGUGCUGCAAGAAGUGGUUGCGGUGGUGCUGGUAACCCCUGCAAAUACUCCUCGCGUGGAUCUGAAAACAUUACAGACCGCUUUACGUUCAUCAUUGCAGCAAGCCAAAUGGCCAGUUCUCAUCACAUACAUGAACGAUGUUCCAAAGAAGAACAAUAAAGUCUUGAGGAUCAAAUUGGGCCAGAGAUGCGGGAUACCAGAGUUGACAGAUGAUACAUCUUAUAUGAAGAGGCACUGGGAGGCUACGUGUCCCCCUCCAGAUACUGACCUCUCAGUUCCAAUUAGCUCCUUCCAAUGUGCUGUUGACUACAGUGCCUUGUCUGCUAGUUUGGAUGAUACCAUACCUGGUAAUUUCAGACACUACUGCAGACAAAAUACCACCAGAGGAACACUGCAAGCUUUUAUAAGCCCAAUUGAAGAGAAAUCAAGGGCAUUGAAUCAACAGCCAGAUGCCUUAAAAGCACAGCUAUCCAACAUCAUUCACGGAUACUUGGUGCCUGAACAGGUAUACCUGCUGUCAGAUCCUGUGCCACUUGAUUCUUCUGGCGCCGUCGAUAAUGACAAACUCGACCAGUUACUUGCCGAAAUGGGGAAUGCUUCUUUGCAGGAGCUUGACGCGUCCACUGACGGAAAAAUCAGAAAGAUUUUUGCCAAUGUUCUUUCUCGGGACCCAAGGGACAUAGCACUUGACGUCGAUUUCUUCACUCUAGGUGGAGAUUCUCUAAAAGCAGGGCGUCUGGUAUCGGCCUUACGGUCUACAUUUGCUAUCCAGAUUCCCAUCCAGCUUGUUUUCAACCAAGGGACAGUUUCUGCUAUUGCUACAUUUGUCGACAAAACAAUAGAGCUCCAACCGGCUGAUACAAUCACCGAUAACAAAGUUGGCUGCUCCAAGACUUACAGCUCGACAAAUCCUAUCGUGAUGCUUCUUCAGCUGAUUCCGCUCACUGUUAUCUAUCCUCUACGUCGCGCGGUUCAAUGGACCGCUUUCAUUGUUGCCUUGGGCUACGUUCAAGGAUGGCCAACGAACCAUCAUACGCUGGGCCGGCUGUUUAAUGUGGUGGUUUCAGUUCUAUUUUCAAAAUUUGUAAUUCGAAUUGUCAGUCCAUUCUUUGGCAUCGCCGCCAAAUGGCUGAUCAUUGGUCGCUAUCGCGAAGGGCUUUAUCCCAUGUGGGGGACAUACCACACGCGCUGGUGGAUGGUUCAGAAGAUUGUCAGUAUCUGUGGAAAAGGGUUUUUCAAUAUGAAUGGAAGCAUGAAGAUUAUGUACUACCGCCUGAUGGGGGCCAAGAUUGGCAAGAAUGUUGAGAUCACUGGCACCUCAGUUGGCGAGUGGGAUCUCCUUGAUAUCCGAGAUGGGGCAACCCUUUCACGGUGCAUGUGCCGCCCGUUUGCCGUGGAGGGCAAUACGUCCAUGUACCUGGGUCGUAUUGUUGUUGGAGAGAAUGCGUCUGUUGGUGCAGCAUCAAUCAUAGCGCCCGGUGCGGUUGUCCCCGCCAAUGCUUGCAUUGGACCGAAUUCGUCGAGCUGGGAGCUUGAUGAUGCUGACGAGGAGAACCGGGCACUUUCUCCUAGCCUGGCGCAAAAGCCGUAUUUGCUUCUCACUUGCCUAUUCACGGUACCGCUGGUUUUCUUCGUAUGGAUCUUAUCGCUGCUCCCUUGGCUGGGUGGCAUCCUCGGCAUGGUGACAGCGAUGCCUACUCCCGAUAUCUCGCCGGUGAGAAGUGUUGUUGACUGGUUCUCGACACCCAAACGGGUGGGAUACCACUCCCUUGCGUUAGUACUGCGAAGUGUUCUCAGUCCGUACAUCUUCUUUACUUUCGCCUUGCUCGUGAAAUCACUGCUGGAUGCUGUAUUUGGGAAGAUGACUUUUGCCUCUGCAAGAGACCGAGGAGCGAUUACUACGUGGCGAGCGGCUUUGCUAAAGACCUUGUUGCCAGUUUCGCGCCUGCACGACAUGACGGUGAUGUUUGGCCAGCACUACGAAGCAACAUCUAUAGCUUUACGCUUACUGGGUGGUCGAAUUGGUAAGCGAAUCUACUGGCCAGGCACGGGCCCCAGUAUUGGUGAUUAUCAUCUGAUAGACAUUGGAAAUGAUGUCGUAUUUGGAUCUCGCUCUCACUUCAUCACCUCGGAUGGCACCGGCUCCGAAAAGAUCACGGUUGAAGACCAUGCUAUGAUUGCAGAUCGAGUAUGUCUACUGCCGGGUGUGACGAUUGGCAGUCAAGCAACCAUGGGCUCUGGCUCGCUGACGCGCCGGGGAGCAUCUUAUGCGUCUGGUGGUACCUUCGUGGGCGCAAAAGGCCGCGACUGUGUUCAUCUCUCAGGUGGCCAGAGCACGGCAGUAGAUGAAAAGAAAUUACAUCGUGUCCGCGUGCGACAUAUACGCAGUGACGACACACUCACAGGCAACACGAUGGAUUUAGAUCUGAAGGAGGGUAGCAUGCAAGUUCGAAUUCCCCAUUCGAGCAGUGAUGAUACGCUCGCCGAAUUACGCACUUCACAAACGAAGCGAGGCGAAAUAAAAAAGGGGGGCUUUACGACUUCUGAGAGUGAAAAAGAUGACAGUGGAUCAGAAACGACGGAGACAGACGACUUGUCUCCAUUUGGGCGUGCAUUUUAUCUCAAACGUGCGCCUUACCACGUCCUAGGGCAAUUUGCCAUCUUCUGCUAUUCUUCAUUCAUCGUCAUUUUCACUACCUUUUACUGGAAUGCGCCAGUCGUCACAUGCGCACAAGUGGUUGACCAUCUUAUGGAUCGGUUUGUUCGACGUGAGGUAAGCUAUACCUUCAAUGUUGGCGUGCUAUUGCUCUUGUCUUGGGCAAGCAUGGCUGUCAUAUUUACGUUGUUGGCCAUUUUGGCGCUCUUCAUCGUCAUUGCGAGUAAAUGGAUUCUAUUAGGCCGCCGCACGCCUGGCAACUAUGACUGGGAUAAAUCGUCUUAUUGCCAACGGUGGCAGAUUUUCCUCAGCAUCGAGAGGCUUCGGCGGCGCUGCUUUCAUAGCCAAGGUAUUAUUGGGCUCUUAACAGGGACCAACUGGAUCGUUUUGUACUUCCGAGCACUGGGAGCUGAGAUUGGCAAAGACUGCGCCCUCUUUGCCAAUGGCAACCCCAGUUUGAUAUUCACAGAGCCUGACUUGAUCAAGCUAGGAGACAGAGUGGCUAUUGACGAUGCUAGUGUGGUGGCUCACAUCAACACUCGGGGCAAGUUUGAUCUGAACAGACUGCACAUUGGGGACAGGUGUGUGAUGCGUUCAGGAAGUAGACUGCUGAGUGGUGCCACGAUGAAGAAUGAUAGCUGUCUUUUAGAACAUACGCUCAUCAUGGGUGGCGAUGUGGUGGAAGAAAAUUGGACAAUGCAGGGAUGGCCUGCAGAGAGAUAUACCGGGAAGAGAGCAGCGGUUGAGCAGCGAGCAUCGAAGUGA